AUGAGUGAAAUUUUAAAUGUUGGCGGCAAGCCUCUUCGGGAUAAUACUAUCACCAAGAAGCAGUAUUUGACUUAUUCGCCGUACACGUCAUCUUAUGGACACAAUGAUGAAGUUAGAAUUGUCAUCCAAUCGCAGGAUCAAUACGUUUUACCUUCAGAAAGCUACAUUCUUGUCGAUGUUAAAGUGAGUCGUAAAACGGAUGCCAGCCAUGCCAAUGCCGCUGGAACGUGGACAACAUUUCCAGCACACCGUCUAUUCAGUGAAAUGCGGUAUGAGCUGAAUAAUACGGAAAUCGAUCGAAUAAAAAUACCUGGAUUGACAUCGUAUAUGAAAUCACAGACCGCAACCCCCGUCGAUGUUUUAAGAGAAAUAAACCAGAUGAUUAAUUACGAUUCACAGGCUCUCACUAACAGAGUUUACUCUAUGAUUAUUCCGCUAUGUUCUGUGUUCGGAUUUUGUGAGGAUUACCAAAAGGUUUUGAUAAAUGCUCGACAUGAACUGGUCCUUGUGCGCAGUCGAAGUAAUAACAGUGUUUAUACCUGUGCAACUGAUUCAUUCAAUAUUGAAGUUACGAAAAUUCAAUGGAAAGUACCACAUAUCCAGCUAUCCGACCAUGCUAAAUAUGCAAUGUUAAAGUAUUUGGAACGCAAGCAGACAAUCACCGUUCCAUAUCGAUCAUGGGAUUUAUACGAGAUGCCUUCACUACCACAAACCGAUAAAAAUAUAUGGACUGUGAAAUCUAGCACUCAAGCGAGCAAACCUCGAUAUGUUUUAUUUGUAUUACAGACUGCUAGACAUGGGUUGGCUACUAGAGCUGACAUGUUUGAUCACUGCAAUGUUACAGACGUGAAAUUGUAUUUGAACUCUGAGUGUUUCCCAUAUGAAAAUUAUAAUUCGAAUUUCACUGUUGGAAACUGUCAAGACCUGUAUAACGCGUUUGCAAAAAUCCAGUCGUCAUACUACAACGGAACGAAACCGCAUAACCCGUAUACUUAUAAUUACGAAACAUUCAAAUCACAGCCGAUAUUCGCAUUCGACUGUAGUCGAACGGAUGAUUCGCUACUGGGAGGUGCAGUUGACAUUAGAUUGGAGAUCAAUAGUAGCGCCCAAAUUGCAGCCGAUACUGCAGCAUAUUGCUUGAUUAUUUAUGAGAAUGAGUUUGAAUAUUCAUCAUUCAGUGGCAUCGUUGUUAAAAGUGUGUAA